AUGUACGUGAAGAAGAGAGAUGGACGCCAGGAGCGCGUUCAGUUUGACAAGAUUACUGCUCGUGUCUCCAGACUGUGUUACGGCCUGGACACCGACCAUGUCGACCCAGUCGCUAUCACCCAAAAGGUCAUCUCCGGUGUCUACGGUGGUGUUACCACAAUUCAGCUCGACGAUCUCGCUCGUCGACAGGCUGCCGAGACUGCCGCCUACAUGACAGUCACCCACCCCGACUAUGCCAUUCUUGCGGCCCGCAUCGCCGUCUCCAACCUCCACAAACAGACCAAGAAGCAAUGGUCUUCUGUCAUCAGUGACCUGUAUCACUAUGUCAACCCCAAGAACGACCGCGCGUCCCCCAUGAUCGCCAAGUCGACAUACGAAUGCGUCAUGAGACACAAGGAGGAGCUCGACUCAGCCAUCGUCUACGACCGCGACUUCAACUACCAAUACUUCGGCUUCAAGACUCUGGAGCGCUCCUAUCUCCUCAAGCUCAAUGGUAAGAUUGUUGAGCGUCCACAGCAUAUGAUCAUGCGAGUCGCCGUUGGCAUCUGGGGAGACAAUAUUGAGCGCGUCGUCCAGACCUAUAACCUCAUGUCCAGCAAGUUCUUCACCCACGCCUCACCCACUCUCUUCAACGCUGGUACUCCCCAGGCCCAGCUUUCUUCCUGCUUCCUGGUUGAUAUGAAGGAUGACUCCAUCGAGGGUAUUUACGAUACUCUCAAGUCUUGCGCCAUGAUCUCUAAGAUGGCAGGUGGUAUCGGUCUCAACGUCCAUCGCAUUCGUGCCACCGGUUCCUAUAUUGCCGGUACCAAUGGUACUUCCAACGGCGUCAUCCCCAUGCUCCGUGUUUUCAACAACACUGCCAGAUAUGUUGACCAGGGUGGCAACAAGCGCCCUGGCGCCUUUGCUAUUUACCUGGAGCCCUGGCACGCCGAUGUUUUUGAGUUCCUUGACCUCCGCAAGAACCACGGCAAGGAGGAGGUUCGCGCCCGUGAUCUGUUCCUCGCUCUGUGGAUCCCUGAUCUGUUCAUGAAGCGUGUUGAGAAGAACGGUGACUGGACCCUCAUGUGCCCCAACGAAUGCCCUGGCCUUGCCGACUGCUACGGCGAGGCGUUUGAGGCGCUCUAUGAAAAGUAUGAGAGCCAGGGCAAGGGUCGCAAGACCAUCAAGGCCCAGAAGCUCUGGUACUCUAUCCUGGAAGCCCAGACCGAGACCGGUAACCCCUUCAUGCUUUACAAGGAUCACUGCAACCGCAAGAGCAACCAGAAGAAUCUUGGUACCAUCCGCAGCUCCAACCUCUGCACUGAAAUCAUUGAGUACUGUGCCCCUGACGAGACCGCCGUUUGCAACCUGGCCUCCCUGGCCCUUCCCGCCUACGUUGACUACAACCAAGGUGUCUAUGAUUUCAAGAAGCUGCACGAGGUCACCAUGGUCGUCGUCCGCAACCUGAACCGCAUCAUUGAUGUCAACCACUACCCCAUCCCUGAGGCUCGCAACAGCAACAUGCGCCACCGCCCUAUUGGUGUGGGUGUUCAGGGUCUUGCCGAUGCCUUCCUUGCUCUGCGCAUGCCUUUUGAAUCUCCCGAGGCUCGUGAGCUCAACAAGCAGAUCUUUGAAACCAUCUACCACGCCGCCCUCACUGCCUCCAUGGAGAUUGCCAAGGAGGAGGGUCCUUACGAGUCGUUCAAGGGCUCCCCCACGUCAGAGGGCAUCCUCCAGUUCGAUAUGUGGAACGUCAAGCCCUCCGAUCUCUGGGAGUGGGAUGAGCUCCGUGAGCAGAUCAAGAAGCACGGUGUCCGCAACUCGCUCUUGGUUGCCCCCAUGCCUACUGCCAGUACUUCGCAGAUUCUCGGCAACAAUGAGUGCUUCGAGCCGUACACCUCCAACAUCUACCAGCGCCGUGUCCUGGCUGGCGAAUUCCAGGUUGUCAACCCUUGGCUGCUCAAGGAUCUUGUCGACAUGGGUCUCUGGUCUGACGCCAUGAAGAACCGCAUCAUUGCUGAGAACGGCUCUAUCCAGAACAUUCCCAAUAUCCCUGCAGACGUCAAGGCUUUGUACAAGACUGUGUGGGAGAUUUCGCAGCGCCAGGUUGUCCAGAUGGCUGCCGACCGUGGUGCCUUCAUUGAUCAGUCUCAGUCGCUCAACAUCCACAUGCGCGACCCGACCAUGGGCAAGAUUACAAGCAUGCACUUUGCAGGCUGGAAGCUUGGUCUGAAGACUGGCAUGUACUACCUGCGCACGCAGGCUGCUGCUGCUCCCAUUCAGUUCACCGUGGACCAGGAGGCCCUGAAGGUUGUUGAUGCCGCUACUGCCCGCGAGCGUCUUCCCAAGAAGCGUGCUCCUCCUGCCGGCAGCAGCUAUAUGUCGUCUGCCUCGCCCAUGGCCAGAGCGUCUGUCGCCCCCAAGGAAGCCGGCAACUCUCUCAGCAACGGCAUCCCUACCCCCAGCACCACCCCUCCUCCUGCCAUGACCGCCAGAGGCCCGCUCUCCUCCCCCCAGAAGCCCAACACCAUGAAGGCGGACGUCGAGGAUGGCGAUAGCCCUAAGGUCCUUGCCACCGAGCCUUCGGAGCAUGUUGAUGAGGAGCUCGCCGACGGCAAGCGCAGCAGCAACCAGGACGAGGACGGCGACGGCAACGAGGACCGUGAGCGUGACAUUUACUCGGAGGCUGUCGUUGCUUGCAGCAUCGAGAACCCUGAGUCCUGCGUCAUGUGCAGCGGUUAG